GAGCACGCCUGUCUAAAGAGAAAGCAAGACUGCACUGAACAAUCAGAGCUGGGACCACAGUAACUUCAGGACACAGCACUGACAGGGGCACUGAAAGCUUUGUGUCCCAGGAAAGCAGCUCCAGCAGCCUCCCAGCUCUUGCUCCUCUCCGGCACAGGCAUGUCCCUGUCUCCCCGCAGCCUGGCAUCUUUAGCAUUCUCCCCUCAUUGCCACUGAGCAAUUGUAGCCGCUAAAAGGAGCUGAUCACAGCAGCUUUUCACUGCAUCGCUGCUGCUUUUCCCCACUUCUGAAUCAUUUCCCCAGAGGGUUCAGCAACUCCGGGUGCCUGUAGGAUAAGGAAUCGUCCUCUGGGAAGUGACAGGAUUUCCCGUGAAGCCGGAGCGGAGUGGGAGUGCACCUGGGAGCUGGCUCCUUGCUGCUAGAACAAGAAGUGGGGACUCUUUGCUUGCUUCCCCCAAGAGAUAUUUUUUUCCCUUCCUUUUCCAGUUAAUUUGAAUGAAAGAGCAAGUGACUGAAACCACCUGGCUCCCACCCUCCUCUCCUGGUUCUUCUUUGCAGCGGCUCCUUUUUCCCCUGGCUCCUGAGAGACAAUGGAGCUUUUCAAGCUGAGCCUGAGUUGUAUCUGCCUCCUGCCUUGGCUACAGGUAUCGGAGGGGCAAAGCUUCCUCAUAAAGAACAUCCGGUUGGAAAAAUGCAUUCACAUCACCCACCAUGAGAGCACCGGGAUUGGCCUGGCUGAUUGCAAGCUCCACUCUCAGCAGCAGCAGUGGAGCUGGGACCCCAGCACCAAGUCCAUUGUCAGCCUUAAAACCAAACAAUGCCUGACUGUCCGCAAGCCGCAGGACUUUGCACUGGCCAGGCUGGAGCCGUGUGGGGACAGGGAGCAUCAGGCCUGGGCUUGCAGCAAGAAGGGUCACUUGACCUUGCAAGGUCUGGGCUUGCACCUCAAUACAAAGCAAGGAAGUCACAAGGUCUUUGUGUCAAAGGAGAAGGACAAGUUCAGCAAGUGGAAGACCCUGACGGAUGAACCCAUCUGUGCCGUUGGCCUGAUGGCGGUUCCUGGGCUGGCUGACCCGAUCCAGAGCACUGCCAGCGGGCUGCUGUGGCCUCACGAAACUAAAAUCAUCAGUUCUUCACCAAAGAUCCUUGUCCCCUCGAGGGCUUUUCCUAUGGAGUCUGCUACCCCAAGUCUGGCCAAUAACCUGAACAGCACAGUCUCUGCACUGGAGAGCAAACCGAUGCAUUUAAAAAAGAAGGAUGAGGGGCAAAGAGGGAAGCAGCACGGCCACCGAGGGAAAGCGGCUGGACCUCGGCAAGGAGGCACCAACUGGAAGACGGCCAUGCUGGUCCUCAGCCCCUUAGCUUUUAUACUGGGGCUAAUUAUACUGAUGCUGAAUGUCCAUUAUAACAAGAAGAAGAAGAUCCUCAACGCAUUGAAGCCCUACCCAGAGGACAGCAGUACAGCGGACUCAAAAGAGCGAUCUUCAUGUUUGGGGCCAGCAGGCACGCGGCAGCACAAUGUUCCAGCCUCUCGCUCCCCUUCCUUGAGGCAUGGGGAGAUCCUGAUCGAGUGGAAGGAUGGGACCGUCACUCCUCUUUUUGACCAUGCCGAAUAUCAAAUAGAUUAACUGAAAUAAUGGAGACAACAACGAUGCCCUCCAAUAAGAAAUUCCCACUGGGAAUAAUUCAUCCUUUAGUGAAUUGUCUCAAUAGCUUAAAGGUUUUGAUAGGAAACAGUUAAAAAAACAACCCUGUUUUGAACACUUGGAGAACCAUCACAAUGUGGCACAAAGCUGUAGCAAGCAGAGCAGACUGUGCUGCUGCUUUAGAUGCACGCUGCUUAGGUUAUCCAAGGGUUCACAUUUAAUCUGCAAAGAGACCUAGAGACAAUAAAAAUGAACCCAAGUGCCUUGCUAGGAGCCACUGCCCUGAGCCUUCACCACUGAUCCCACAAGCACAUUCUUCCUCCAAACCAGCCAUAAUGGUGAAAAAGCAAAUCCUAGCAGGCUUUGAUUUUGCUCAUAAGUGCUAAACUGGAUCCCCUGACCUGUUUAAGGGCACUAAAUUUCCUAUUCCUUGGCUGGCAGCCUCAGUCUUUAUCUUUGAUCUCCUGCAGCUAUGCGGAGGGCUCAAUGAAUGUGCACUGCUUGUACAUAAACAGGUGUAGGAUAUGAUACACUCAGUUUUGGAGGAAGGGGAUCCUCCACUUCCCCUCUCUACUUCCCCUCUCAUUAUCAUUCAUUAUACUUAAUCUUGACCCUUGUUCAAUGGAAUUAGCAGGGUUUUAGUUCCCUUCUAGCAUCCACAGAUGUACGCUGAUGUGUCCUUUCCUUUCUCCUUUGACGCCAUGUCAGCAUGAAGCGUCCUGUGGAGCACACCAGGGGUAAAAACGCUGGCAGACGAGAGGUUCCAGUAAGUCAUGUCAGUUUAUUGUUCAGCAGCAUCAAAAGGAUUAUUUCCUCACUCAGACUUGGAUGCCACUUUUCACUUUGCCUGGGAAAUGUUAUUACGGGGCCUUUGUGUUGCUUGGAUUGACUGUUCUGCAGCUUGAUUCACUCAGGCUGUCUCAUAAGACGUGAACAAAGGGACACUGGAAGGUAAAACUAUCAAACGGAUAUUUCUUACGUAUAACUCGUUCUUAGCAGGUGAAACUCAUUGCCACGAGGUAUCGCUGCAGCUAGUACCUUAAUAGGACUCAGGAACAUGUUAAACAUCAAUAAAAUAGAAAUCAGAACCCUUCCAGUUCAGGGUAUAGGAUUGGAAGGGGAAACAAACAUUUGCUUGGAGCAGAUUAUUCCAUACUUAUGUACUACAAGGGUUUGUACACCCGCCGAUGAAGCAUCUAGCAUUGAGAGCUAGGAUACUGGGUCAGACUGCUGAUCAGGCAGGAGCUGUGUUUCUAAAGGAGGGUUUCCUUGUCGCUGACCCACGGGUACAAGCUGGCAUUCACAUUUCAACCAGAACGCUCAACCUUUGAAAAAACUUCUGCCGAGACAUGUGCUGGGAUGCAACAUUUAGCACCUAUUUUAGAGUCAAGCUGUCAAGUGUCCGAGCAUCAGGUCCCCCACAGGAUCAGCGAGGACACUGGUUACGUGCACAGAUCCGAGGCAAUUGCGUGUGCCCGCGCUGAGGCCUGUGUGAGUGCACCUCAGAUGCCUGCACGUGAAAGCCGGGCCCUGGAUGCACAACAUUAACUUGCAAUUCUAUAGCCCUUUUCAUCCCCCCCAAAUCCUCAUGCAGUUAAUGAAUGCACAAAUUCAGUGCCAUUCAAAUGCAGAUAUCCACUUUGGGUUCAGCUAAUACAGUGCUUUCUGUGUUGGCCACUGUCUGCUCGUUACGGCUGACUGGGUAGAAUGGAUUACUUGAUAAUGGCUCUGUAUCCUUGCUUAGAGUCUUGCCUGUACACGCGAACAAAGCAAUACUAUUGUUUACAUAGCACUGAUUGAAUGGUAGCUGAGAAUAAUAAUGACAAAAUAUGACUGUGAAGCAGCACAAGUUUGUAGGUAGAUUCUCGCUUGUAUUGGUUGACUAGUUUAAUCUUUCUCUCUGUUUUAUUGUUCCAAAUGUUACUAAUGCGCUCUUUGUCCACCACUCCCUGUCAAUACCCCAAUGCAAGUGGGUUUGAACACUGUGCAUAAUAAAACCGACGCUAAACAAAAAUAUGGAGAUGCUGAAAUUAUUUCCU